AAACAUCCGGGAAAAAAAGUGUAGGUGGCAGUGGAAACCGGUGGACCUGGAAGUUGUCAUCACUGGUUUGCCGAGACCAGGAACAGCCUCAGACUGACGGGGAAUCGAUAAUGUUCAGUGACAUGGAUUUUGAAAUAGAAGAAGAUAAAUUGGGUAUUCCGAUUGUACCUGGGACCGUGACACUUAAAAAAGAUUCUCAGAAUUUAAUUGGGAUCAGCAUUGGAGGAGGGGCUCAGUACUGUCCCUGUUUAUACAUUGUUCAGGUCUUUGACAACACUCCUGCUGCUCUCGACGGUACACUGGCCGCAGGUGACGAAAUUGUCGGAGUGACCGGGAAAUCGGUGAAGGGAAAGACGAAAGUCGAGGUGGCCAAGAUGAUUCAAGCUGUGAAGGGAGAAGUUACAAUUCACUACAAUAAACUCCAGGCCGAUCCUAAACAAGGAAAAACUUUGGAUAUUGUUCUGAAGAAAGUCAAACACAGGCUGGUGGAGAAUAUGAGUUCUGGAACAGCUGAUGCUCUGGGUCUGAGCCGAGCCAUUCUGUGUAACGAUGGUCUCGUGAAGAAAUUGGAAGAACUGGAGAGGACAGCAGAACUAUACAAAGGAUUGAUGGAACACACAAAGAGGCUGCUGAGAGCGUUCUUUGAGCUGUCACAAACACACCGAGGAUUCGGGGAUGUGUUUUCCAUUAUUGGCGUCAGGGAACCACAACCUGCUGCUAGCGAGGCUUUUGUCAAAUUUGCAGAAGCUCAUCGCAGUAUCGAGAAAUUUGGCAUACGACUGCUGAAAACGGUGAAGCCAAUGCUGAGUGACCUGAACACUUACCUCAACAAAGCCAUUCCUGACACCAAACUCACCAUCAAAAAAUAUCUCGAUGUUAAGUUUGAAUAUUUGUCAUAUUGCUUGAAGGUGAAAGAGAUGGAUGAUGAAGAAUACAGCUGCAUAGCUCUGCAGGAGCCUCUGUACCGAGUUGGCACAGGAAACUACGAAUACCGCCUAAUCCUCCGCUGUCGUCAGGAGGCCCGAGCGCGUUUCGCCAAAAUGAGGAAGGACGUUUUGGAGAAAAUUGAACUUUUGGACCAAAAACAUGUUCAGGACAUCGUGUUCCAGCUCCAGCGCUUUGUCUCUGCGAUGUCCAAAUACUACGAUGAAUGUUACGCUGUCUUAAAAGAUGCGGAUGUGUUUCCCAUUGAGGUGGAUUUGACGAAAACAAUGUUGAACUACAGUCCCAAGGAUAUUUAUACCGACGCAGAGGAAGAGGAUGAGAAGGAGAAUGAGGAAAAUGGAGAGAAAUUAUUUGAUGAUGAAUAGAACUUAUUUUCCUGUCUGGACAGAAAAUUGAGUCCCUUUACACAAUCAAAUCUGAAAUGUGCUGUGUAUAGUGUGAGUAAUGAACUGUUAUAUUUAUGUCUCAAAUGGAUGCAACCAUUAAUCCCCAUUAGGUCCUUACACUAAAUACAAAUGUUUUAUGGGCACGCACUUUAUUCACACCUGACCUUGUUUUAAUGUGUCCUGUUCAGUGUGUCCUUUGUGUCUGAGUCUUUAGGCAUGAGGGAUGUGCAGUUCUGUGCCUAUAUGAAGCUAACAGUAGUGACAACCCUUUGUUUCAUGUUAACCUAUUCACCAAGGGACUUGUGUUUUUGACUCAGGCAUUCCCCCACCUCAACAAACAUCACUCACGUGGUCCUGAGGUUUUCUUUAUUCUCUUGUGGGAUGUGGGUGUCAUUGGCUGGGCCAGCAUUUAUUGCUCAUGCCCUUGAGAAGGUGGGGCAGAGAGCUGCUUUCCUGAAAAACUGCAGGCCAUGUGCUGGAAGUAGACCCUCAAUUCCAGGAUUUUGACUGGAAGGAACAGCAAUAUAUUUCCAAGUCAGGAUAGCGAGUGGAGGGAAACUUGCAGGUGUUCCCAUGUAUCUACUGCCCUUGUCCUUCUAGACAGAAGUUGACAUGGGUUUGGAAGGUGCUGUCUAAGGAUCUUUACUGAAUUUCUGCAGUGCAUCUCGUAGACAGUAUACACUGCUGCUACUGAGCGUCAGUGGCGGAGGGAGUGGGUGUUUGUGGAUGUGGUGCCAAUCAAGUGGGCUUGCUUUGUCCUUGUUUGUCCUGGUGUUUUAAGCAGAGUUAUAAAUUAUCUGAUGAUAGGGAUUCGGGUCACAGCUGUGAAAUUCCUUAUUUUGCAUUGAGAAAGUGAGGGUUGUCCCAGUGAUUUUCAGAUGGGCAGACCACAAAGAUCAGCGCUGGGACCUCAACUAUUGGCUGGCUGUGAAGUAUCCAAAUUCACUGAUGUUCCAAAGCUGGGUGAAGAAAUUCAGUUGUGAAGAGAGUGCAACCAGUCUGCAAUAGUCAGGGGUUAAGAUGGGCUAAAUGUCCUCCUCUGCCAUUUAUGUAUCUUUGAGAGUGAAUGGUGAAGGUGGCAGGAAUGUUUUUUUAGAUGAUGAGAAGCUGUUCUGGCCAGUGCUCAGGGAGAGAAGUUCAGAAGGCAAAUGGUAUGAUGGUUCUUUGGAAAAGGGCUUUGGGUUAAGAAAAAGAAAAGCUUGCACAGGUGGAGAGUGCUCUGAUGGAAGCACGUUUGGAGAUAUCCAUUUAUUUGUAUAUUUUGACCUGUGUGUUAUCUGUCGAAGGUCAGUUAGGAUCCUGUUGAACGGCCUUUUUUCAGCUCCUCCUUGCUAUGCUUUUGUUGCUUCCAUUUAACACCUUUCUGAGCACCAGGUGACAUACAACUUUCUGAUCAAGAAGAAUGGUUUCUGAAUUGAGAGAACUUGAGAGGUCAUAAGGCACCUGUACCUUUAAAAAGCUUGCAUCAAUACCAUCUAGGCAUUUUCACUCCUUAGUUUCUUCAUUAGUCAAUAAUUGGUAGGACAGAGCUGGUAGGUCAUUGAAAAAGGUCAGAUUUUAUUGAUGCUUUCCUCCUGGUGCUCAUCAGGACAUAUUGCAAGAAUCCCAAUUCGAGAAGGAGGCCAAUAUUUUUAUUGCAAGAAAGGUAAGUGCUGAUUCAUUGGCAAGUGGAUUUUGGUUAAGGCAUAUCCAUGGCUUUAAGUGGACGGCCGAGAAGCUGUGUGCAAGGAAUUAUGCAGACAUCCAACUGAGGAUUGUCCGUUGGAUUUGCCAUGUGGUACGCUUGCAUGAACAGGAUGAUACAUGUAUUAAUACAAAUGGCUCUGUUCCUUGCAGACAGCAAAAUAUGCACAUACAGUGCCUGGUUCAACUGGACAAAUAUGUGUCAGCUGUUCACUGGUUCUUUUUUGCAGGGCAUUGCCCUGAUCAAUCAGAGUUGACCUGCCUGCUUUCAAAUUUAAACAAAGCCUGGCAGUUAACUGUCAAUCGGAGGUAGACAGGUAGGAAGUUGGAAGAACACAGCAAGUCAGGCUGCAUCAGGAGGUGGAGAAGUCAAUAUUUCAGGUGUAACCUUUCUCUGUAACUCAGCUAACUGUCAAUCAGCAUUAAUGGUACAUUCUCCAUGGCGAUAUCUCUGACACUGAGUCCAUGGGCCACCCAGUCAGCAUUUGACACUGAGUCCACGGGCCACCCAGUCAGCAUUUGACACUGAGUCCACGGGCCACCCAGUCAGCAUUUGACACUGAGUCCACGGGACACCCAGUCAGCAUUUGCUUCCCUUGCUGUAUCUAGGCUGGUUUUCCCCUUGAAUUGGUGUUCUUGCAAAAUGUUUUGACAAGUGCAAGACAACAAGCUUUGACCAAAUGUGCCUUUUUUCAACAAUACUCAGGUUCUACAAUCGUGAUAAUUUACUGAUGGUCGUUGUGAUGAGUCCGUGUCCCUGAUUCACACUCUCUGUGGGUUGUGAUGGUCUGUCCUGGUACCCACACCCUUGACUGCAACAUGAUCACAAGUCAUUAUCUAGUGUCUUAGCAUUUGCUUGGUUUCAUUACCAACACCAUAACUGAGAGUUUUUAAGGAUUGACCUUGAUCACCAUCUUAUAUUUUUGGAUCAUUAUGAAUGUUUCUGUGUUGAUUUUGAUAGCCCUUGCACAUUUCUUUUACAUGGUUCUUCCUUCUUGUAGCUUAUGCCAACAUUCCCUGUGAGCUGUGGAGUUGAGUUGCAUGGUAAUCUGAAUAGACCACGUGGCUCUUAUACUCUUACAGGAUUGCACACUGAAAGAAAGAGUCGUUUACACCUACAGGACCUCUGGCUUUUACUAUUGGUUUUGUUACAUUCUCACUUUAUUCGGGUCUGUGCUGUUUUGCUGUUGGGGGGAGUUCUGUGCUUCAUCUUUCAGCUUUAUGUUGGUCCUUUCCCUUUUUAAAUGUCCAGAGCAGUUUUAUCUUGCCUCUUUGGGGAAUGAACAGGUUUGGUAAAACAUUAAAUCCUUUAUUGAAUGUU